AUGAGGACUGCUUUUAUGCUCAUGGUUCUUGUUUUCGCAAUGACAUGGCCAUAUUCGAGUACUCAACCGACAGACCCUCAAGAGUGCUAUAAGCUGGUUAAGGGUACCUCAAGUGAAUGUCGUGAUCGUCUAAAGGGAAUUUUGCAUUUUCAAUUCCAUGGGAUCAAGAAAUAUUGCUGUGAAACCAUUGCUAAAGUUUCUGAUUCAUGUUGGCCAGUGAUCUUCCCCAACCAACCUUAC